CCCAGCUAGCCAAUUUAAAAAUUGUUGUCCCUUCCCAAUUCGCUGUAGAGACAGUUGUCUUGGAUGUCUCUCCCUCCCACAGCUGCAACUGCGGGUGUAUGUUUUUGGAGGCAUCCGGUUGAUCCCACCCCCUGUAGGUUGGAGUGAUAAGCAGCGGGCACCGGGCUGUAGUGUUACCGCGCAGUAUCACCGCCAAUUCCCCCUUUCGCGCUUCGCCCCUUUUUGCGCUUCCCAAAAUGAGCAAAACCGGCCAGGGCGCAAACAUCGUGGAGGAAACCUACCUCUCCUCCAUCCGGAGGGUACAGGAAAGCAUAGAAUCGAGCAAGCACCAUUUAAGAGAAAACAACAGGAUACAAAUGAGCUUUAAGGACUGCGAUUAUGCAAUUAAAAACCACACAAACGAAGUUGCCAAGUUGAUGAAGGAUGCUAGUCACAUGAGAGGAGUGGCGAGCACCACCAUAAGUGAGUAUUACAGCUGGCUCAUCAAGUGCGAUGGGUUUAUUAAGAGCUUAACUUGUGAAGACAUAAGUAUGAAGAUCAACGAGGUGUUCGAGGGGGUCACUGCGGAGAUAAACAGCCGGUGCAAGCCGGUUCUUCUGUAGUAGGCAAGUGAUCUCUUAUGUGUGCAUCCCGGAUGAGUUAAUCUAUCCCCUGAGAGAUGCCAAUGAGUGGUCAGAAGCUGCUCGUAAUGUUUUGUUACCACCCGGUGACUUCUCCCCCCUUUGUAGUUUUUUUUUUUUGUUUUUUUCCUAACAUUUUUGUGCCACUCCACGUGUGCGAACUAAGCGGAAAAAACGGCUAACAUAACAUGCGCAGAUGGAAACGCGAUGGGUGAGUCGCUCACCGUGAUGCCUCUCUCCUUCGCACAGUUAAGCAAAUCAACGUAAAGUGGGAAAGCGACUCGGAGGGCCAUCCACCCGCACCUCGCGGAGGAAGACCCCCC